AUGUUUCCCACGCGCGCCCUGCUAGGCCGCUCGGUCUGGAAAGGCCCGAAUAUCGUCCCUCUCCCCCUCCCACGAACAUUCCCUCCUCCCGCCAACACGCCGCCAAUCCGGACGCAGAAGCGCGCCGCGACUAUUCUGCCCAACUUUGUUGGUCUGCGCUUUGCGGUGCACAAUGGCAAGACAUAUCAGGAGAUUCAGAUUACCGAGGAGAUGGUUGGUCGGAAGUUGGGUGAAUACGUUGCGACUCGCAAGCGUUUCACAUACAAGCAGUCUAAGAACAAAUAG